AUGGCUACCUUCAACUUGAGCCACUUCGAAAUGGCUCGCCAGCUUUGGCAAAAUGUCCAGGCUGUCAAACCCGGACAGAAGGUCAUCGUUACAGGACGAGAUCUAGACGUCUCAACUGUCGUGGCCGUCUCGAGGGGCAAAUGCCAGCCAUGCCUGACCGAGGAUGAGACCACGCUCAGACGUAUAAGAGAGAGUGUGAGACAGCUGUCUGACUAUCUCAGCAAAGGCAACACUGUAUACGGUGUUACGACUGGGUUUGGUGGCAGCGCCGAUUCACGAACCAAUGAGACGUCCAAGUUACAAGUCGCCCUUCUCCAACUUACACAGGCCGGCGUUCUCCUCGAGUCCGACAAAACAGGCUCUGCGAAGUCCCCCGAGUAUCACACGGAGACGAACUCCCAUCCUGCAUCUUGGGUUCGCGCUACGAUGUUGGUCAGGUGCAACGCGACUGCCCGUGGCCAUUCUGCCGUUACCAUGGGCGUCCUACAGGCGAUACUUAGGCUUCUUCGACAUGACAUCACACCAAUUAUACCACUCAGAGGUACAGUAUCCGCCUCUGGAGAUCUUAUGCCUUUGUCAUAUAUUGCCGGGGCUAUAGAGGGUAACCCAGACGUUGCCGUACGCCGAUACCGUGGAUCCGAGGUUUGCGUCGAAAAUGCCAGCGAAGCAUUGGCUCGAGAGAAUAUCCCCAAGAUAAUCUUUGGCCCGAAGGAAGCCCUGGGAUUGGUCAACGGUACAGCUCCAUCUGCAGCUGUGGCGGCGCUCAUCAUGUACGAUGCACAUCAUCUCGCUGUUUUGUCGCAGGCUGUCACGGCUAUCGCAGUUGACGCCCUGAAUGGCAACUCGGAGAGUUUCCAUCCAUUUAUCGCGCAAGUUAGACCCCAUGCUGGCCAAAUUGAGGCAGCCAAGAAUAUUCUUGGGUUCCUUCAAGGGUCUUCUUUUGCGAAAGGCAUCAAAAGUCGGAAAGACUAUAACCCCAGCGGCCUCGCGCAAGAUCGCUACGCUCUGCGUAGCUCGCCACAGUGGAUCGGUCCCCAGCUAGAGGAUCUUCUCUUUGCCCACCAGCAGGUCACCACGGAGCUCAACUCCUCAGCCGACAACCCUCUCGUUGAUAUCGACGUCGGCGAGGUGUACUAUGGCGCAAACUUCCAGGCCGCUGUUGUAACAGCUGCCAUGGAGAAGACGAGGCUUACACUCCAAAUGCUAGGGAGACUUCUGUUCGCGCAAUCCACAGAAAUGAUUGACCCCAACCUCAACAAUGGACUACCAACAAACUUGGCGGCUGACGACCCAAGCACGUCUUUUACGAUGAAAGGCGUUGAUAUAAGCAUGGCUGCCUAUGCAUCGGAGCUGUGCUAUCUCGCUAAUCCCGUGAGCUCACACGUUCACACAGCAGAGAUGCACAACCAGUCUAUCAACUCACUGGCACUCUUGUCUGCCCGGAUGACAAAGAAGGCGGUGGAGAUGGUCUCCCUCAUGGCGUCGACGUGUCUUUAUAUCGGCUGCCAGGCAAUGGAUUUGCGCGCAAUGCAAGUCGAAUUCCUCGCUUCUGCGCAAAUAGCUCUCGAUGCGGUAAACAAGAGACUUCUCACGGAAAGACUCGGCAAAAAGGGGGUCCGCAGGUUCAAUGAGGCUUUGAGGGAGAUCAUAUCGACCACUUGGCGCGAAGCAUCACGACUAGACGUCGCCGACCGCAUCAAACGUCUAGGAGACGCAGCGUUGUUGGAACUUCUUCGCACAGUGAAGGCCGAUAGCAAACCAUCAUCGUUGCUGUUAUCCUUCGCCGAACCAUGGCGCCACGACUUUGAAAGUACGGCAAUGACAGUCUACGAGGACGUUCGCCGCAGCUUCUUCGCCUCUCCUACCACAGAGAAGUACAUCGGAAUCGUCCCUCGGUCACUUUACAGAAAGGUUAGACACGACUUGGGAGUUCCAUUUCACCAAGGUCUUGUCGAACACCCAGGCACAGAGGCAAGCAUCGUCCAAGGCAACACCGUACGGCCACGCAAGACCGUAGGCUCUUGGAUCUCAAUCAUCUACGAGGCAUUACUGGAUGGCAGAAUCUACGAGGCUCUAUAUGACAACUCGUACCAGGAUGCGAAGGGGCUGUGUAGCGACUCCAUCGGCGAUUCCUUCCCCCUAAGCGACACUGGCAACGGGUUUGUAAUGAACGCUGAGAGGUGUAGCUGCAAUGUCACAUCAGAGCCUGCUUGGAACGGGCAUGAGGUGACAGCAAGCAGGAAUGGACAUGCGCAGAUUAGAGGCAAGAAGCGGAAGCAGCCUGGGGAUAGUACUUACGAUGGCAGGAGGCUGGACAAGAGACCGACUCACAUGCGAGGCGGCCGGUUGGAUUCGGAAGAGGAUACAAUUGACACGGAGAGUACGGACUGA